UUCACACCGCUCUCUCCCCACCUCCUCCCCCGUGAGAGCAGUCACCGAGAAGAGAAUAGCGAGUUCCCAAGGGUUUCCGUUCGCCUCCGACUCCGCCGACUCCGCCGCUGACGAUGGCCAAUCGGAACAAUGACGAUUCUCGCCACGGCCUCGCCGUGGAGCCUCCGCCGCAUCAAAGCCCCAAAGACAUGCAAGGAUCUGACAACCCUAUACCUCUUUCUCCACAAUGGCUUCUUCCAAAGCCUGGGGAUAAUAAGCUUGGACUAGUGUCUGGGGAAUUUAGUCCUCACCAUGGUAAUUGCCCAGAUGCUGUGAAGGUAUCAGGAAAUGGUGAAGACCUUCAUAAUGCUGGAAAGAAAAAGGAUGUUUUCAGGCCUUCCUUGCAUGAUGCGGAAACUGGGCGUCGUGAUCGCUGGCAUGAUGAAGAAAGGGAAACAAACUCUGCUAUUCAUCGAGAUCGUUGGAGGGAGGGAGAUAAGGAACUUGGUGAUACUCGCAAGAUGGAGCGCUGGUUGGACAAUUCAUCUAGACAUUCUGGGGAAGCACGCCGCCCCCCAUCUGAGCGGUGGAAUGAUUUGGGCAAUAGGGAAGGCAAUUUUGAUCAACGCCGUGAGAGCAAAUGGAACACACGCUGGGGACCUGAUGAUAAGGAGUCAGAGAGUUGGCGUGUAAAGUGGUCAGAUUCUAGCAAAGAUGUUGAGGGAUCUCGUGACAAAGGAUUGCCUCGUCUUGCUAGUCAUGGAAAGGACGUAAACAAUCAUGGAAAGGAUACAGAAAGAGAGGACCAUUAUUCUCGUUCAUGGAGGUCUAACUAUUUGAUCAGUCGUGGAAGAGGAGAGCCUUCGCAUGGUCAGUCUCCAGCAAACAAACCAUCCGCUAUGUUUGGCUCUGGUAGAGGAAGAGUGGAAAAUGGAUUUCCCGUCUCCCCUGCUGGUCGUGGGAGGUUUAACUCUAGUAUGAGCACCCUAAGUAGUGGUGCUUCACGUCCAUAUCAUUUAGUUUCUGUUUCUGACAAGUCUGAUGGUGCAUCUGGAGAUCCCUCUACUCUAAGAUAUAGUAGAAUGAAACUGCUUGACAUAUUCAGAAUGACUGAUGUAAAAAGCUUUAAAAUGUCUUUAGAUGGAUUUAUUGAAGUUCAGUCUCUGACACAGGAAGAACCAUUGGAGCCUCUGGCACUUUCUGCUCCUACUCCUGAAGAAUCGGUCAUUUUGAAAGGAAUUGAUAAAGGGGAUAUUGUAAGCAGUGGAAUGCCGCAGGUUUCUAAAGAUGGUUCUGUUGGAAGGAAUUCUACGGAUGCUGUCCCAUCCAAACAAACUAAAUUAGGGAGUAGAGAAGAUUUGCCAACUGCUGGAGAUGAUUAUAAAAUAGUUAAUUCUGACGAUAGCAAAGGGUUAUAUUUUGGGAGUCCAUUGUAUGAAAAACAAUUCCAUCAACACGGACCUGAUCCAAAGGUGUCCUCAGAUUCAGCAAUUAAUCUUCCAAAGGCAGAUGAGACUGGGAUGGAAAAUUCUUUAUCACAUUAUGUUGUCCCGCAAAAAUCUCAAUCAUUUGGAGAUCGCACUCACAGAUCAAUUCAUGAUCAGAAGGACUUUUCUUCUGAAGUUGGGUCAAGAACAUCUGAUUCGAGCUGGUCCCAUCUCCAUGGAGAUGUGGAAUAUGAGCAUAAAAAUGGAAUGAAAAGUGAUUACAAAAUUACACGGCAAUCAUCUGAAGUCUGGGACCGGGAAAGUAAAGUCAAUGUUAUGCUUGGUCAUGAAGCUCCUUUUAGUUCCAGGGAUACAUUAACUGCAAGAACAUUGCAGCCACAUACUUCUCCAGAAGACCUAUCCCUCUAUUACAAAGAUCCGCAAGGUCAAAUUCAAGGCCCCUUUUCUGGAAGUGAUCUGAUCGGGUGGUUCGAGGCUGGAUAUUUUGGUAUUGACUUGCAGGUUCGGCUUGCAAGUGCUCCAGCUGAUGCCCCUUUCUCAUCACUUGGAGAUGUUAUGCCACAUUUACGGGCGAAGGCAAGGCCUCCACCUGGUUUUGGUGUAGUUAAGCAGAAUGAUGUAGCAGAGGCAUCUCUGAGGGGGAAAUUUGUCAGUCCUGGUAAUAUUCAUGCAGGUUUGGAUGAGCUUGAGUUUCUUAAGAAUGGGCAAAGAAACAGGCAUGAUAUGGCAACUGAAGCACAGAAUCGGUUUUUAGAGUCCCUCAUGUCUGGUAGCAUGGGCAGUUCUCCAUCAGAAAAUUUUUCUUUCUCUGGAGGUAUGCAAGAUCAUGGAAGGAGCAUAUCUGGCAAUUUACCCUCAGUAGGAGGAGAAAUUGGGAGUGAUGUGAAUUACAUCUUGGCCCAGAGAAGUUUGUUGGACAGGCAGAGGUCAUUACCCAAUCCUCUUCCAUAUUGGUCAGGGAGGGAUGUCUCAUCUAUAGCACCGAAGUUGGAUAUGAUCUCAGAUCCUUCUAAACCAUAUUCAAAACUGCUGCCUCCAACGGGGGACAAUUCUCAACAAAUUCUACAAUCCCCUCAGCAUGUGGACUUGGUGUCUAUCCUGCAUUCUGCAGCAGACAAAUCUCCAUCAUCGGCUGUUAAUUCUGGCAUACCUUCAUGGUCAAACUUUCCUGAUGCACGAUCUAUGAAUAAUACCAUUCAUGGCGGCAUGGAGAUCUCCAAAGAUAUGCUAGACAUGCACCACAAUCAGCAUCUUCCUUCCCAGAUCGCGUUAGGACUUCAACAGCAGAUGUUGCAACCCCAAAAUCAGCCACCUUUGUCUGCUUUAUUCACCCAACCUGGUGAUCAUUCUUCUGGCUUGGUUCCACCUGAGAAACUGCUAUCUUCUGAGUUGCCUCAAGAUCCAAACCUGCUAAGUUUACUGCAGCAACAGUAUCUGCUGUCACAACUUCAGUUGCCUUCUCAGGCCCCUGUUCUCGCUCAACUCUCUCUGCUGGAUAAGAUGUUACUGCUCAAACAGCAGCAGGAACAAGAGCAGAAGCAGCAGCAGCUAUUGCUGCAGCAGCAGCAGCACUUUCUUUCCCAAGUCUUAUCUGCACAUCAACCUCAUCGACAUUCUGGUGAUCCUUCCUAUGGGCAAGCACAUGGUGCUAUUCCAUCAGGCAAUACUCCUAUGGAUCAUCUUGGGCUUCAAAGAGUACAUGAGGUGCUUCAAGUUAAUCAGCAGAUGCCAGUCCAUAACUUGCAGGAUGGACAACCAUCCUAUCCUCCAGGUAUGAAUUUGCAAGGUGCCCAGGAUGACAGUUGCUUGGUGAGCUCUGGGCCCUCGUCUCUACACUUGUCUCAUCAGAUAUUUGAUCAUACAGCAAAUACAAAAGAAUGGGAUGCUUCUCUUUCACGAGAGAGUGAGGAUAUCCCUAACUCUGAUGCUGCAGCAACACCAGUAAUGGCAGAUAGUCUGCCUCUAUCAGAGGCCACAGAGAAGCAUGAACAAGAGGUUUUUGUUCCGCAGAGGAGUGACCAUAGCCUAGAUGAAUAUAGAACAAUACAUGAAACUACCGAACUUGUGACAUCAGCUAGUUCUGAAGUGGUGACCCGUCUUGAGUCUUCACUGGAUGGUCCUAAAUCAUCUGAUUUUGCGUUUUCUAUCUCCAAUCAAGUUCAUGAUAUGAAGAUUUCUUCAGAAAACAUCCCUGACUGCCAUAUUGAAAUACCAUUAACAAAAGAAACAAAAAAUGUAGAAAUACGGGAGGCAAGGAAGGCUUUGGAGAAAAAAUCAAAAAAACAAAAGAAUUCAAAGGCACAAUUUGCUUCAGAUGUUGGGAAGGGAUCAUCAAAGACAAUUCCUUGCCAGCUGUUAAAACUAGAUUUUGAAACUGAAGGUUUGAAUGCUGGUGGAACUAAAUCAAUGGGGCAAGCCGAUGCGGGAGAAUCUCUUUGUGUGACUUCACUGGUAACAGGAAAAGAAAAUUCUGUUGUACAUUCCACUGAACCUCUGGAUUCUCAAAGAUCUCAUCUUUCAUCUUCGGAAUACAUUUUAGCCAACGAGUCUGAAGCUGUUGGAGGGGAAGCUGAACAGGGAGAAGGAACAUCAACAUUCAAUGCACCAACAACUUCUAGUCAUCGAGCUUGGAAACCUGCUCCAGGGCUAAGGACUAAAUCGUUGCUAGAAAUUCAACAGGAGGAACAGCUAAGGGCACAGAGAGAAAUAAUGGCUUCUGAAGUUGCGGCUAAGGUCAUCCCAGCAAGUAGUCCUUCACAAACCCCCUGGACUGGGAUUGCUGCCAACCUGGAGCAUAAAUCCAGUAAAGAUACUGUUCUAGGUGGAACCUGUCCAUCUGCUUUGGGAAACUCAGACAAUACAUUGAAUUCCAAGAGCAGGAAGAGCCAGUUGCAUGAUUUAUUGGCAGAAGAAGUUUUGGCCAAGUCAAGUGAAGUAGAUAAAGAUAAUGGUAGUAAUAUUAAAGGGUCAUUUUUACCUCCUUCACCAGUGCGUGCCCAAGUUGACACAUCAGCUGUUGAUGAUGAUGAUUUUGUUGAGGCCAAAGACACUAAGAAAAGCCGUAGAAAGGCAUCCAAGGCCAAAGGUGCUGCGGUUAAAGCCCCAUCACCGGUUGGGUCAGCUGAUCUUUCUGGUCCCUCAAUUCCUACUGAAAAGGGCAAAAGUACUCGUCCGGCACAGCAAGAGAAGGAGACAUUGCCGGCUCCACCCACAGCUCCAUCGUUAGGAGAUUUUGUUCCUUGGAAGGGGGAUCAGGCAAACUCUGCACCUGCUCCAGCAUGGUCCACGGACUCUGGUAGAAUUCAGAAACCCACAUCAUUAAGAGAGAUUCAGAGGGAACAGGAAAAGAAGUCAGUGUCUGUCCAACAGCAAAUUCCAAUACAAGCUCCUGCAAAAGUCCAAUCAAACCGCAGUUGUCAUGGAAGUGGAUCUUCUUGGCCGAUUCCUGGAUCAUCUCCUUCCAAGGCUGCAGCACCUAUCCGAACCCCUUUGCAUGUGUCCACUCAAUCGAAAUCUAGAACUGAAGAUGAUCUAUUUUGGGGUCCUCUUGAACAAACAAAACAGGAAACAAAGCAGUCGGAUUUCCCGUCCCUCAACCCUAACAGUUGGGGAGCUAAAGGCACUUCUGCGAAAGGAACGCCUGGAGCAGCAUUAAACCAUCAAAAAGCAUCAGGUGGCAGACCUGUGGAACAUGCUCUUUCAUCGUCGCCUGCUGGUGGUCUGUCAGCUGCAAAACGGAGGGUUUCAGCAACCAAGCAUUCAGAGGCAAUGGACUUCAGAGACUGGUGCGAGAGUGAGUGGAUCAGGCUAACCGGGACAAAUGAUAUGAGCUUCUUGGAAUUUUGCAUAAAGCAAUCAUCAUCAGAGGCUGAAAUGCUCCUGAGAGAAAACCUUGGUUCAUUGGAUCGCAACCAUGAGUUCAUCGAUAAGUUCCUCAACUGCAAAGAGUUCCUAUCAUCUGACGUCAUUGAAAUGGCAUUCCAAGAUCGAAGGGCGUGCAGCACACGUGCUGAUGGUCCGGGACAUGGUAAGUCGAACAGUUCAGACAUCGGGGACAUGGACGCAGAUCCGGAAGCCGGAAACCAGGCGGCAGCCAAAGGCGGAGGAGGCAAGAAAAAGGGGAAGAAAGGGAAGAAGGUGAGUGCAUCGGUUUUAGGUUUUAACGUGGUUAGUAACCGAAUAAUGAUGGGUGAGAUUCAGAGCAUAGAGGAUUAGGAAGUUGGAGGGUGCGAAUGUACAUACAUCAUCUUGACAACCACUCUGUAAAUGUUUUUAUCCUUCUGCUGGGUGGGUUUUGCCCCCUCCUAAUCUCUAUAGAGCAGUAAUUGCACAGACGGUUAACAGGUCUA